UUACACUGCAGACUCUUUGAGGAAACGACAGACUACAGGCUUUAUUGCCUUCCAAAGGAAUAACCACACAGAAAUUGCGUUGUGGUCAAGUCAAUAGUUGAAAUGCCGUUUAUUUACAGCUAACAAUAGAUUAGUUGCCUAUACAUUAUAGCUAAGUGAAAGACAUUUGUGAAAACGAAAGCGAAAGGUUAAAUGAGAUACAAACCAUCAGCUAUUAGUUAUGUUUAUCAUCUUCAUGAUAGGAUGCUUGGUGUCAUCAACAUACGCUCUUGAUGGCGCGGAUGUGGUGUUGUCCUGUUCCUUCGUGGAGGAGGGAGGGGGGAUGAUGGGGGGAAUGGGCGGAGGUGGGCUCUUCAGCCGCACUCCUGCAACGCUGGUCCUCAGGGACCUUCCGGUCGACCCUGACUCCGACUCUGCGCUGGACUCCGUGACCCCAUUUGACCCGCCGGAGAAGCCCAGCGCAGAUGACCUCAUCUUCGAAGUGAAAGGCUCUUCAGUGGAGAUCCCAGAUGCCGACACCCUUCUCCAUGCUGAUUGUAACGAGCAGGAGGUGAACUGUGAGAUCAGUCAUUACAUCCCCCGUGGCUCGGACCCUGACGCUCCACCCUCUCACUUCAUUGGCUCCCUGCAGGUGGAGGGGGGCGGGAUCAGCCUCACCAUGGUCCUGCAGGUUUUAACCAAUGAGGAGGCAGCAUCUGAAACUCUGCCUCUGAUACAAAGCAAGCUGGAACUCCCUCUUAGCCAAUCAGGGACCCUGCUCACAGAGGUUGUUUUUGUAGUGUUCUCUCGCUCGCCAUCCCUUUCUACUCCACUUGGGGGCGAUGCUCAGCUGGACUGUGGCUUUAGGCAGCGGAACUCUUCCCACGUAGGUGGGCUCAGGCUUGAGUGGCGGCUGCAGCACAGAGGAAGUGGUCGGAAAGUCCUGGAGAUGACCAAAGUUGAGGAGGGGGAAGAGGCAGGGGCGGGGCCCACUGUGUCUGCUGGGCGGGACGGGGCUAGCGUGGACCCUGCCCUGGCGGUGGAAGAGGGUAACGUGUCUAUGAGCCUCACAAAGCUCAAAGUGGUCGACGAAGGAACAUACAUUUGUACUGUCACUUCUGGAAUGUUCCAAACCCAACAGAUUGUCCAGCUACACAUUGACCAGCCUCCUAUAGUGUCUCUCUCCGAGGAAAUGGUGGUAUUUCAAGAUGAGCCAGCCCAGAGGCUCAGCUGCCACUGCAAGAGCUACUAUCCUCUUGAUGUGCAGGUCGAGUGGCUGUCACUCAGCUCCUCAGAGGCAGAGCCCAUCGAGAUCUCGGACGGGGCAUCCCUGUCGAGCCACAGGCAACACUCUGACGGAACUUACUCUGUCACCGCCCAAUUGACGCUCCGCCUUUCGGCACACCCACCUGGGACCACCGUCACCUGCAGGGUUGCCCAUCAGGCCCUGAGCGCGGAGGUCGAUGUCAGCACCACUGUCCGCCUUGCCCCCGAGACAGAUGACAACCUCUACGCCAUCAUUGUAUCAUUACUGGUUGUGAUUGUGGGAACAGUCUUUUUUUACCAAGUGAUGGGAUGAACAAACUGAGUUUUGACUGAAUACACUGAAGAUAAAAUGCAUAUACUGCAACAAAGCUCUGACAAAAAUAUUUUAAUGUUCUAAGAAGUGCUGUAAUGUUUCAUGUCAAUGUUUAGAAUUAAGUUGGUACGUGUAGAAAGAUUACUGUGACUGUCAUAUCUAUGAGUAAAGGGUAAAUGAAGUGAGGGGGAAAUCUAUCAUGGCAGAUGUUACAUAUUGGGAAGGGUUUGACUGUACUGUUUCCAUGGUGUUUAUGAUCAAGUUUCAGGUUGUACGAAUAUCAUUGGCCCAUUGAAGCCCUUAAGCCCAUUUAAAGGUGCUCUAAGCGAUGUUACGCGGUUUCUAAGCUAAAACAUGUUUUGCCACAUAAAGCAAACAUCACCUCACCAUCCGCUGGCUGUCUGUGCCCUGAAUACA